AUGUCUGGUCGCGGUUCGCCGGCCUCUUUUAGGACACUGGGUCGCCUUCUGCAAACGCCGUCCGAUAACACUUUCAAGAUGAAGGAAUCGGCGUACCAACUACACGAUACACACCCGAUCGGGUUUAAUGAGGGGCCUCCUUCAUCUGCCCACUUUGCCCGUGUGCAUAACCCCCUAGCCAUGACGCUCCUCUCGUUGUCGAAUGGCCUGCUUUCCUACAAGACGAUCGGGGACCUCAAGCUCAUGACCGGGCCCGACGCCAUCGAAGGGGGCGCAUGGGGAUAUCGACUCAAACCCAACAUCCAGUCAUCAUGGGUCAGGCUCGAAUCGUUUUUAUUCUCGGUAUACGAGGCCCUCAUGGCCAACCAUCCCGACCGCGACGCAUUCCCCCUCAUCCCAAACCCCUCCCGUCCUUCCCGAUUCCAGUAUCAGUCGACCCACCCAACUGCUGACGUCGCCCUCCAAGAAGCCACGGAAAUCUCGCGCUGCGUUCAAAAGCCUCGUCGCCCUCUGCUCCUUUGCCCUUGCUCUGUGGUCGACGGAUGGGACGAGGGACCGACUCUUGUUGGCUAUGCGGGUGCUCGAGCACGACACGGGCCGGCUCGAGAGAACACGCAGAGGCGCACAGGGGUCCUGAUAUGGCUCGCGUGGGGGUGGCAGUACAAUAGGCGCCCAACGUCAGACCCAAUGGCGAGAGAGUACCUGCCCACGCGGCACCAGAUCAGCCUUGUAUGCCCGCCGCCCAUCGCCCCGGAUUUUGAAGAAAGACUCGACGCUGCCAUCAAGCGUGAGAUUGGGUUUUCCCAUCUCUCUGUCAUCGACUACCUCCGCGACCGACACGGUUUCAUGCUGUGUAUUGUCGGCUCAUGGCAUGACGCUUGGCAUGACGAGGAAGACCAGGAGACGCUUGCCCCCGAGGAUGUCGUCGUAGCAGCCCGUCGGAUGGGAUUCGGUGCCUUGCACGAUUUGGACGAACUGGAAGCAAAAUCGCUCGUCAUCGCCCAGUACCUGUUGAGGUUGGGCAUCCCUUUCCGCGCCGUCUGUCCACAGGCCUUGGUGCCGGCUUCCGAUGAGCCGGCGUCGGAUGAAGACCCGUGGCUGCCGCCACGGAGGGAUCUUUUGAUGCAGAGACGGCCCCGGUCACCGCCUACCCGCGAGGACUACGAGGACUACAAGGACCACCGCAAGAGCCUGUUCCGCUCCAAGCUGGGGCCCGAGAUGCGCAGACGGGGUGGUAUCGUCGGGAGAAUGACGUCGGACGUCGUCCCGGAGUUCCACGCGCUCCGAGGUCCAAGGGUCUGUGACGACCUGGUAGGCGUUGGAUUCGAUGGCACCACGUACUGCGGUGACCAUGUCCCUCAGGCCACUCUCGACGCCGUGUGCGGCCUCUACGACGUUGGAAACGAGUACUUGGUGUCGUGGUGGCCGACCCAGCCAGAGUGGAGACGGGAGGCGCUCGACGCAGACCAUUGGACCCAGGGGCGGAGGCCCUCAGCCCGUACAGCGGGCCAACCAAACAUGUGCUUGAGGGUAGCUGCAGGCUAG